AUGGCCAAGGUUGGACUAAAGAUAAAGCUGUUUACAGGAUCUUCACUAAAAGAUGUGGCUUUAGAAGUAGCCAUAGACCUACAGGCAACUUGGGUGAUACUUGACAGGAAAAUGAAGAAAGAUGAGGAGUUUUUCCUGCAGAGGCUUUCUUGUGGUAUAUCUAUAUUAAAGAGUAACGAUCGGAUACUUCGACUAAGAGGGCCUUUAGAUGUUCCAGAUGAAAUACCAUGUAACAGCCAUGAGACAUAUGAUGAAAGUUUACCAAGUGAUAUUGUGGCCUUGUUUCAUUGCAUGUUUCAGUAUAAUCUCUUUGAACACCUUAUUGCAACUAAGAACAAUCUAAUGAUAGGAAAACUUGAAGAUGAUGAACAGAACCAGAUACAAAUUAGGACCUAUGAGGAAGAGGGUUGCUCGAAUGAUAAAGCCAAUAUCAAUGAAAAUAUAUUUCCAGCUAGUCCGAAUCACCUGAGCAUGGAUGGAACAGAAAUAAAUAGUAAUCAAAUGAUAGAUAAAAUAGAAAGAGCUGAGCAAGGCCACCAUCAUGAACAGAUGCAAAACAUGUCCCUUGAGAUGGUGGGGGACACAGCAAUUAUGAUUAAAACGGAUCAAGGACCUGCUCAGGAAAUAGCUGAUCAACCAAGCAAAGAUGAAGAGAGGAGAAACAACUUCUUCCAUGGUGAGAAUUGGGACUGGAGCAAUCCAGAAAUGAGUGAGGAAAUGAUUGAUCAACCAAUAGAUGAUUUGCUGAGUAAGAAUCAUGCACAGACAUUGAGCAUUUUCAGUGCUGCUAUAUUGGAUGGUGGAGAGCAAGAGAAAAGUAUUUUGGAAAAUUCGAUGUACAAUUUCUGCUCUGUCUGCAAAAUUAGACGACCAAAUAUUGUGGGCCAAAAGGAAUUUACUUAUGAAGAACUCCUAGCAGCCACAGAUGCAUUUUCAUUGAAGAACUGUCUCUCCAAAAGUGGAUCUCUAUUCACUUUCAGAGGCCAGCUGGAAGGAGGAAUGAAACUAGUGGUUAAGAAGCAUGAUGUCACUAAAACUCAAGUAAGGGAGAAAGUAAAGUCACAAAUUCAAACCAUCCUCAAAGCUAGACAUAAGAAUGUGAUUACGCUCUUGGGCUCAUCUACAGCAGAAUCUUUCCUGUUUACUGUAUAUGAGUAUGCUUGCAAUGGUUCACUUGACAAAAGAAAGCUCCAGACCAUUGACCUGGAAAGAAAGGAAAAGAGUGGUAAUAGGCCUUGCCAGAGGCCUCAAAUUGGAGAUUACAACUUUGGGAAAGAACAAGAAUUGAAGUCCUACAAAAAUAAAAACAAAGAGAAUUAUGAAUACGUAGCUCCAGAAUACCAGGAGAAAGGGAAAUUAUCAUCAAAGGCAGAUGUAUACUCUUUUGGUGUAGUUAUUUUAGAGUUGAUCGCUGGGCGAAGGACUACAGAUUUCACGUCAGAAGAUAAAAGCCUUGUUGAAUGGGCAAAGCCUCUUCUUAAAAAGAAGAACUACUCAGAAUUGGUGGAUCCCAUAAUCAGAAAUUCAUACGAAGAGGAUCACCUUCGUUGGAUGGUCCAAGUAAUAGCAGAAUGUUUAGAAAAGAAUCCUAAGAAAAGGUCAUCAAUGAAUAUGGUUGUUUCUGCAUUACAAGGCAUAGCAGAGAGUGAACUCGACCACAUGACAGAAGAUAUUACUCCAGCUAUAUCAGAUUCGAGAAGUGUGCCAGAAAUAAAUGGUUCUCAAGAUGUGGGUUCAACAAAAACUAAAGCUGAUCAGAAAAAUCAGAAAGUCGAGCAAAUUGAGAGCAUACUUGGUGGGGAGAAUAAUCUCUUUUACAAAGCAAACCAGGGAAACUCUGAUAAACUCGGACAUAACGAAGAACAGAAGCAAAGAAGGUCUCGAGGGAAGGAUAGGAGCUCAGGAAAGAUGAUAGCGAAUGACCACAGAAUGGACGAGAGAGAAAUUGAUCAGCUGAAUGAGUUUGAGGAACAGAUUCCAAGCACACUCCAUAUGGAGGGCAUCAGAACACAAAAAAUUAGUGUUGAUGGCAUAAUGGGCCACACAAAAGUUGACCAACUGAGCCAAGAUCAAGAAGGAAAUAGCUUUGCUAAAAUGAUGGAGGUAGGAUUAAUACCAGAGGUUGAUCAGCUGGUCCAUGAUAAAACUCAAACACAGAGAAGCUUCCAUGAGAACUUACAGGAUGGACGCCAAGGUGAAACAAUUUUGGAGAAUUCAAAAUCCUCUGCAUGCUCUAUUUGUAGAAGUAGACGACCAAACAAUGCAUGCUCAGAAGACUUUGCUUAUGAUGAACUUCUAGAAGCUACAGAAGGAUUUUCCACUGAGAACUCUCUAUCUGGAAAUGAAGAUGGACCUACUUUCCAAGGCCUUAUAGAGGGACGGGUAAAAAUUGUUGUUAAGAAAUAUCAAGUCAAUGCCUCCCAAGAACAGAAGAUAAUAAAAUCAGAAGCAAAGCUGCUCAUCAGUGCUAGACAUAAAAAUGUGGUCAUGCUGUUGGGUUUAUGUACAAAUGAAAGCCAACUGAUGGUUGUGUUUGAGAAAGUAUGCAACGGUUCACUUGAGCAGUACCUAACAAGGGGAAGUUUCAAGUCAUUGACUUGGAAGCAAAGGCUGAAAGUAAUAAUGGGUACUGCCAGAGGUUUGAAGUACCUACAUGGGAAAGACAUAAUCCACGGAAAUAUAAAGCCAAGUAAUAUUCUUCUAACACAUGAGUUUGACCCACUGAUUGGAGAUUUCCACUUCGGACAACAGAAAGUUGGACCAAAGAAAUCCAGAAAAGAUAAAAGUGUAAGAAAUUCUGAAUAUUCAGCACCUGAGUAUCUGGAAAAUGGAAAACUAUCUUAUAAGACAGAUGUAUACUCCUUUGGUGUGGUUCUUUUGGAGCUGAUCAGUGGCCGGAGGGCUGCGGACAAAUUACCAGAUGGAAAAAGCCUUGUUAACUGGGCCAGGCCCCUACUGACAGGAAAGAAGUACCGCCCGUUGUUGGAUGGGAAAAUCAGUAACUCCUGUGAAGAAGAAAAACUUGUAUGGUUGGUCCAAGUAACAGAACAAUGUCUCAAAAAGAAUCCCAAUGAUAGAUAUUCAAUGAAUGUGGUUCUAUCUUCCUUACAAGGAAUAGAAGAAUCAAUUGAGUGUUGUGAAAUUCAAGAUUCUUCUCUAGAAAAUUCAUAUUCAAAUGAUCUCCCCACGAGUAGUACACAAGGUCAUAUGAAGGCUGAUCAAGUGAAGAAACAGGAACAAGAAUUGAUCGACAGAAACCAAUACAAGGAAGAAAGCAGUAAAAGAUUGACAGUUAAAACCAAUCACAAGAAUGAUCAUAGAAAUGAAGAUCGGAUGAUACAGGGUGAAGAAGAUGUGCAGAGGAGUCCCCAUGAGGAGAUGUUCGGGGUAAGACCUAUCAGCAAUGACAUGAUUGAUCAGAUAAACCCUGUCCAACAAUUCCAGGAAAAACUGCACAUUAAGGGAAGCUUUGAGAUAGAAGAAAUGGGUAAAGAAGUAGAUAAGAAACUAAUGGUGAGCAAGGAUAAAACACAAAUACAGGGAAGCUGUGAUGAUAGUUUAUUGAAUGGGAGUGAAGGCCAAAUCAUUUUGGGAAAUUCAAAGUCUUCUGAUUGCUCAAUCUGCAAAAGUAGUCGACCAAACAGUGGAUUGCAAAGGAAAUAUACUUAUGAAGAGCUUCAAGCUUCUACAGAAGGAUUCUCAGUUAAGUACUCUCUAUGUGAAGGUGAAUAUGGACCUGCUUUCAGAGGCCAGCUAGAGAAUAACCAGGAAAUAGUGAUUAAGCAACAUGCAUUCACAAACUUACAGGAGCAGAAGGUGUUCAUGUCAGAAUUCCAAUUGCUUAUAAAUGCCAGACAUGAAAACGUGAUCAUGCUGUUGGGUUCAUGCAUACGAUUAAGUCAAUUGCUGAUUGUGUAUGAGAAGGCAUGCAACGGUUCUCUUGACCUGUACUUAUCAAGAGAAAGUGGUAGAACACUGACUUGGGGAGAAAGGGUGAAAGUUGCAAUAGGUGUUGCCAGAGGUCUAAACUAUCUACAUGAGAAUAAUAUAGCACAUGGAGGAAUAAAACCAAGUAACAUUCUUCUAAAUCAUGAGUUGAAACCACUGGUAGGAGACUUUGUGUUUGGAAAAGAAAGAUGUGAAUUAAAAAAUCUCAAAAGACUUAAAAGAAUGAGGAAUUGUGGACGCACUGCACCAGAGUGUUAUGAGAGUGGAAUACUAUCGACUAAGGCAGAUGUAUACUCUUUUGGUAUAGUUCUUGUGGAGUUGAUCACUGGCCGUAUGAUUACAGAAAAAAUAUCAGGAGAGAGAUGUCCCACUGAAUGUAUAAGGUCACUUCUUGAAGAACAAAAGUUUCUACUGUUGGUAGAUCCCAAAGUCAGCAGCUCCUAUGAUGAGCAACAACUAGUUGCAUUGGUCCACGUGAUAGAAAACUGUCUGAGAAAGAAUCCAAACGAAAGGUUCACAAUGGAUAUGGUUGUCUCUGCAUUGCCAUCUAUAGUAGAUUGCAGUGACACAUAUGUAAAGGAAGACUUUGCACCAGAAAACUCUCAUGUUUCAGAAGUAACAAACUCAAGAGUGAAGGAGGAACCACCAAAUGAAGAAGAUUUAGGCAUGGAGAAUAGUGAAGAAAAAGGGGACAACGUAACUUAUAAUGGAGGCAAUGAAACAGAAAUACGUCAAGAGUGUGACAGCAACCCAAUUGGUUGUGAAAAUAGUAAGGAAACAGAAGAAAAAGAAAGCUUAAGCAUCAAGAUAUGUUGGGAAGGUUGUUCAUCCUAUGGUGGAGCUAGAGAAUUUUAUCUCGAAGGGAUCAAAGAGUACACAGCAUGUGAAGAACUUUUCGGCUUUGUGAUUUAAUUUGAGUUUUUCUUUCAACAUUGUAUGCAUCAUUUGCACAUUUCUUUUGUAACAAUAUAUGGA